GACGGGCUCAGCAGGCGCUUCCGUGGUCUCCAGCGAUGCCGAGUUGCCGGUGAGCCAUCAGGCUUCACGUGACAAGCAUGGGGCAUCCAAUCAUGUAGAAAGGCUGUACCGUUUAAUGGUGGCUUCGGCCUUGCGUAGGUGGGCCUUGGAUGACGAUGAUGUUGCGGACCUCCAGCGGACUUCUGCCAUCACUUCGCCAAAGCACCCGGUUUUGAAGACGUCCGGCACAGGUCGAAAGUAUCGUCGCGUCACUGGCUUAACCAACACUGGCUGCGCUAUCCAUCCUGAAUCGCCCCAGAGGAUGUUCUGGGAAGUCUUGGGCAUGCUGGCCUUGCUCGUGGAGGUCUUCAUGACUCCUCUGCAAGUCUACGAUAUAGCCGGGGACGCCAGACAUGUGGCAGACUGUCUGCACUGGGGAACCAUGCUAUACUGGCUUUUGGAUUUGCCACUAUCAUUUCUGACGGCCGUCUACAUAAAUGACGUUCUGCACACCAGCUUCGCAGACGUCGCACGGGCAUACUUGAAAUCCUGGCUUUUCUUCGACGCUCUGAUGUUGGUGCCAGAAGUCGUGGUUUUCGUAAACCACUUCUCACCGAUGGAGGGAGCUGACGAUGCGGCCGCAUCCGGUUUGUUACGUGCCUUGCGAGCCAGGCGCCUGAUGAAGGUCGUUCGCUUCGUUCGGAUUCUGAGAUUUCGGAAGGCAGUGCUUGUGCUGAAGAAGCUGAGCUUCUACAAGCAGUUUAGAACGUUUUUCAGUGGUCGGAUUUCGUCUUCUUUGCUGCCGGUACUCUGCCUGAUGUGUGGCCUCGCAAUUUCAGUCCAUUUCCUGGCAGCCCUGUGGUUUGUUGCAGGGACUGUGGAACAAGGCUGGGCAUUUAACGAAGGCCUGCAUGAGGCUCCAUUUGUCCUUCAAUACACACGAAGCGUGGAGUGGGCUGUGUCACGAUUGCCGGCGUCAGCCUUGCGAGCUAACGUCGCGCUCCACACUACUUUGGAGCGCUGGGUGGCCAUCAUGGCCACUUUCGCUUCAUUGAUCAUCUCCUCGUUGUUUAUCAGUGUGGUAACUAACCUGAUGGCAGAUGUUGCGCGUCGAACGCGCAAGAUGGCACAUAUCCUUGACUCCGUGAGAAAAUACUGUGGAGUAUGUGGGGUGUCCUACGGCCACACCAUGAAGGUGAGAAGGCUGGUGGAACGGGAGCAUUGCCGAGCAAGCAUCCAAGAGCAUAUGCAAUUCUUGUUGACACUGCCCGAGACUGUCGUCAAGGAGCUUUUUCAUGAGGCCCGCUCCAUCACACUGGCUUGCCAUCCCUUCUUCCUGGAACUAUGUGCUGAAAACAGCUUGAUGGAAUUGCAGCUGUGCAACAGGGCCGCGAAAGAGCUUUAUCUCCUUGAGCAUGAUGAGAUUUUCCGUGGGAACGAGAAAGGCGAAGGAGUUUAUAUCCUGGCAUCAGGCGGAGCUCAGUACAUUCAAGGAACCGAGUUCUACCAGCCACUGCACACGGCAUCUGAAAGGGGAACUGCCUCAACAGUGAUCAAAAUGUUCUCCAUCCUUCCUGGCCGGGAUGGAGGCGAAAAGGAGGGAGGCGAAAAGCAGGAAGAAGGACAGGGUUGCGCUUGA